CCAACAAAACCCCGGUACUGAUGCUGUACAUGAUUUAAAGUUAGUUUUGAGUUCGAUUCGAGAGGAUCAAUUCAUAGAAACGGUGGAGCGUAGUUCGAUUCAACAGUGCAUUUACCAGAAGUUUAUCUACUAUCCAACAAAAAGUCUACAACAUGGCAUACAGAUUCGUUUACGCACUGAUGGCAGUGGUCGCCGUAUGCACUGUUCCGGCUUUAUCAUUCUCAGCAGGAGCCCCAACCGGAGCCUGUGGUGAUUUGAUUCCACAGCAUCACACCGAUCCCCAGAAAACACCGGCACCUUACACUAUUCAGUUGAACAAAAACAAGGUCAAAUCCGGUGAAGGAAUGACCGUAACCGUAAAAGGUAAUACCGCCAAGGACACCAUUAAAGGGUUGCUUUGCCAAGCUCGCUCAGGUGAAACGCCCGUAGGAUCGUUCGAUGUUCCACCAAACAAUAAUUUCAUUCAGACUCUGGACUGUGGCAAUACGAAGAAGUCGGCCGUCACUCAUAAGAAAAUGACUUCUGAUCCAAAGGAAAUAUCAUUCAACUGGGUUGCUCCCCGAGGAUUCAGUGGCGAUAUUCGGAUGACCUGUACCAUUGCCCUGAAUGGUGGCGUCUUCUGGGUCAAAGAGCAAUCUGCUGCCCUUAAAGUCAACUAAAUUAAGCUAAAAAAUUAAGACAAUAACUUUUAUUCAAAAUGUUACCUCGAGUGCUGUUUGAGACGGAUUUGUAAAAAAUACCUAAAACUGUUUAAAUUUUACCUGCUGUAUAUUCAAUGUUUUUUUUUCAAUGACAACAUGUUUUGUUCGAUAAUGACAAUAAAUUUUGUUUUAUGUGUGUAAA